UUACGAUCAGAGAGGACCAACAUCUCUAUAACCAGGAAGAUGAGCUCACAUCUCUUGCAACUUUGACUGAUUGCGGUAUUUUCUUACCACUACCAAUAAAACGUAGCACAAUUCCCUUUAUUUCAAAUAUUUUAAAACACCCAGCGAUCUGCUUUUUGAUUCAGUAGCUAGCAUGUCCUGGUUUUUAAAGGUGCUUAGUCAUUUGAAAAUGUUCGUGGCAAAUUCAGCGUGUAGAUAGGUUAGUCACGUGGCAAAAGCUGCGGGGAUGAAACUUCACCUGCUGUCGAAAGAAGAGAAACAAGGUUGUGGAGGGAGGGCUAUAGGUUCCAGAGCAGCCACACCACUAAAUAAUUCACCGAAAGUAACAAUCCUUUACGUGAAAUUGUUCCUUGGAAUGGAAUAAAGUUGCAAGUAUGGAAUCAAUCGCAGAAUAACUUUCUUUUCUUAUCAAACCCGUUUUCAUCUUCUUCCUACUUUUCUCUCAUCUUUCCUGUCACUCUAGAACUCGAAUUUUUCCAGUUUUACAGCACCAGAAAUCAUCUCAUUCAAUUUCAGCCAGAGAGAGAGAGAGGAAAGAACAUGAAUUGUUUCAAAUCAGCUCGCUCCAGAAAGAGGUCUCCUACCAAAAUGACCUCUCCUGAAACUGUUUUCGCAUCAAAACAAGAAAACGUAGAAAACAAAAGAGCUAAAGAAGAAAUGUUGUUAGAGAUCCCAGGUUGUACAGUUCACCUGAUGGAAGGAGGAGAGGCGUUGGAACUUGCAAAAGGAGUUUUCAGACUUGUCAGGCUCACAGAAGAUGGCAUUUCCCUCGCCACAAUUGUAAAAGUUGGUGAUGAACUCCAAUGGCCUCUAACAAAAGAUGAGCCAGUGGUGAAACUCGACGCACUCCAUUACCUCUUCUCGUUGCCGAUGAAAGACGAUGAUCCUUUGAGCUACGGUGUGUCUUUCCUCGAACAGUUCAAAGGUGAUCUGGGUUUGUUGGAUUCCUUUUUAAAGGAGCAUUCGUGCUUUACUGGGUCUUCUUCUACCCAAACUGGGGCUGUCGAUUGGAAGGAUUUUGCUCCGAGGAUUGAAGACUACAACGGGGUUUUAGCAAAGGCCAUUGCUGAAGGAACAGGCGAGAUUGUGAAGGGCAUUUUCAAGUGCAGCAAUGCCUACACCAAGAAGGUUCAAAACGGAGGAGAGAUGAUUGUAAGUCGUGUUGGUGAGGAGAAGAACAAAGUCUCCACAACAACAACGGGAAGUAAAAGCAGCAAAAGUUCAGCUGGGACAAAAAAGAGUGGAGUCCAGAAGGGACUAAAACGGGUGAGAAAGCUAUCAAAAAUGACAGAGAAGAUGAGCAAAUCAUUACUAGAUGGUGUGGGGGUUGUCACUGGAUCCGUGGUUGUGCCUUUGGCUCGAUCCCAGGCUGGGAAAACGUUCCUAGCCAUGGUCCCUGGAGAGGUCCUCCUGGCUUCACUCGAUGCCGUCAACAAGGUUUUAGAUGCAGUAGAAGUUGCAGAAAAACAAGCUCUCUCUGCCACCUCACGUGCCGCAACCAGAAUGGUCUCCCAAAGAUUUGGAGAAAACGCAGGGGAAAUUACAGAAGAUGUCUUUGCAACUGCAGGGCAUUGUGCUGGCACUGCUUGGAACAUAUUCAAAAUUCGGAAGGCCAUCAAUCCUGCUUCUUCUGUUCCCUCAGCAAUACUGAAGAGUCCAGCAACAAAGAGGAGACAGUAGAUUGUUCAAACAGCCCAACCUAUUCUAUCUGAUCUACCCCAUCUGAUGGCACCAUCUAACUAGAUAUCGGUCUCACUUGCAUUACCAUAGUUGGUGGUAUAAACUCCAUGGAUCAGUUGUGUGUAACAGAAGUCGAGUAAAGAAACUAAUUGUUGCUUCAUGUGUUCCCCUGGAUUUACUAAAAAAUCUGCUUCCCGGGCCACAUAAUUUCAUGUGUCUACUUGAUUUA